UCGAACUCUGCCUGUUCUCCUGGUCCGAGGUUCCAGCGUGUGUGGUGGGCACCGCAGAGGGACCGGGGAGUCGCCCCGCUGUGCAGAGGCGGGUCCGAGGCCUGUGCAGCCGCAGCUGCUGGGAUCCGGGCGUCGGCGCCUCACAGAGUCCUCUCCGCCCGCAGAGCCCGUUGCGGCGGCCGCGCUGAGGCGCCCGGCUGAGGAUAUGAACUUUGAGGACGUGGCCAUUGCCUUCUCCCAGGAGGAGUGGGCGCUCCUUGAUGAGGCUCAGAGACUUCUGUACUGUGAUGUGAUGCUGGAAAUCUUUGCACUUGUAGCGUCCGUGGGUUGUUGGCAUAAAAUGGAAGGUGAGAAGACCCCUUCUGAGCACUUUGUAUCUGUAGGAGGGUCACAGAUCAGUGCUUCCGAGGAAGCUUCAGCAACCCAGAAGGACCAUCCUUGUGAGCAGUGUGUCUCUGUCUUGAAAGAUAUUUUGCAACUGACUGAGUUCCAAGCAGCCAACCUUGAACAUAAAUCAUUCUUCAAUGACACCUGUGUAAAAGACUUCUGUUUUACUGCAAAUGUUCACCAGCUACAGAAGGAUGCCAGUGGAGAGAAGCCCUGGAAAGGAGAUGUGGACAGGGCCUCGUUUGUGACCAGAUGCAGCUUCUGUAUACCAGGGGCACUUUUCACCAGUAGGGAUGUUGAGGGGCACUUUCCAGUCAUCUCAGGUUAUCUCCAGCACAAGGCCAGUCCUAUCAAUAAGGAGCCACACAGUUGUACUGAGAGUGGGCAGGCCUUUCGUGGUGAAAAAAGUAGUCUCCAGUUAGCUGAAUAUGAAAAAGCUUCCAGCCACAAUCACAGCCGUGUUCAGCAUCAAAGUCUCUGUUCGGGAGAAGGGCUUUAUGAGUGCAGUAAAUGCGAAAAACCCUUUAGACAAAUCUGUAACCUUAUUCAACAUAGUAGAGUUCCCACUGAAGAAAUGUCUUACGAGUUUAGUGAUUAUGAUAAGUCCUUCAGUGAAAACUCUGGCCUCGUUGAACACCAGAGAGGUUACACUGGGAGAAAGCCCGAUGAGGGCAGCGUUUUUGGGAAAUGCUUUCAACAAUGCAAGAAUCUUAUUCAAUACCACCGAGCUCAUUCUGGAAAAAAACCUUUUGAGUGUGGUGAAUGUGGGAAAUCUUUUAGCUGCAAAUCUCAGUUCCUUAGACACCAGAGAGUUCACACUGGAGAAAAGCCUUAUGAGUGUAGUGAUUGUGGGAAGUCCUUCAAUAGAAGCUCUAUCCUCAUUCAACACCAGAAAAUUCACACUGGAGAAAAGCCAUAUGAGUGUAGUAAAUGUGGAAAGUCCUUCAGACAAAGCUCUGCCCUCAUUCAACACCAGAGAGUUCACACUGGAGAAAAGCCGUAUGAGUGUAGUGAUUGUGGGAAGUCCUUCAGCCUAAGCUCUACCCUCAUUAAACACCAGAAAAUUCACACUGGAGAAAAGCCUUAUGAGUGUUGUGAUUGUGGGAAGUCCUUCAACCGAAGCUCUAUCCUCAUUCAACACCAGAAAAUUCACACUGGAGAAAAGCCGUAUGAGUGUAGUGAAUGUGGAAAGUCCUUCAGACAAAGCUCUGCCCUCAUUCAACACCAGAGAGUUCACACUGGAGAAAAGCCAUAUGAGUGUAGUGAUUGUGGGAAGUCCUUCAGCCUAAGUUCUACCCUCAUUCAACACCAGAAAAUUCACACUGGAGAAAAGCCAUAUGGGUGUAGUAAUUGUGAGAAACGCUUUAACUACAAAUCUCACCUCAUUAAUCAUCAGAGAAUUCAUACUGGAGAAAAGCCAUAUGAGUGUAGUGAUUGUGGGAAAUGCUUUACCUACAAUGCUAACCUCAUUACUCACCAGAGAAUUCAUACUGCAGAAAAGCCAUAUGAGUGUAGAGAUUGUGGGAAGUCCUUCAGCCGAAGCUCUACCCUCAUUCAUCACCAGAAAGUUCACACUGGAGAACAGCCAUAUGUGUGUAGUUAUUGUGGGAAACUCUUUAGCUACAAAUGUCUACUCAUUCGACAUCAGAGAGCUCACACUGGAGAAAAGCCAUAUGUGUGUAUUGAGUGUGGAAAGUCCUUCAGCCAAAGCUCUGCCCUCUUUAAACAUCAGAGAGUUCACACUGGACAAAAGCUAUAUGAGUGUAGCAAUUGUGGAAAGUCCUUCAGCCAAAGCUCUGCUCUCUUUAACCACCAGAGAAUUCAUACUGGAAAAAAGCCAAAUGAGUGUAGUGAUUGUGGAAAAUGCUUUAGCUAUAAAUCUCACCUUAUUAAUCACCAGAGAAUUCAUACUGGAGAAAAACUGUAUGAGUGUGAUCAUUGUGGGAAAUACUUUACCUACAAAUCUAACCAUAUUAAUCACCAGAUAAUUCAUACUGGAAAAAAGCCAAAUGAGUGUAGCAAUUGUGGGAAAUGCUUUAGCUACAAAUCUCACCUCAUUAUUCACCAGAGAAUUCAUACUGCGAGAAAGCCAUAUGAGUGUAGAGAUUGUGAGAAACCCUUUACCCGAAGCUCCAGGCUCAUUGAACACCAGAGUACACAGUGGAUAAAAGUCAAAUGAGUGCAAUGUUUGUGGGAAUUUCUUUAGUUACAAAUCCAAUCUUGUUAUUUACCAGAGAAUUCAUCCUGCAGAAAAACCAUAGAAUAUAGUGAACGUGGGACUUUUUUUUUUUUUGUAUGUGCCCCUAGUGGGAACUGAACCCGGGACUCUCUGGUACACAGGCCAAUGCUCCAACCACUGAGCCCAACCCGCCAGGGCAACGUGGGACAUUCUUUAGAGACCAUUCCUAUUUUAUUCAACACCAUCAAGUUCCUUCUGGCAAAAACCUAUGUGUGGCAACUGUGGAAAAUGUUAUAACCAGAGGUUGGGCUUCUUUCAACACCAGAGAGUUCACAAUGGGGAAAAGCCUUAAAUGUGCUAAGGUUUUAUUUGU